UCUCUUCAAUUCUUUCGAUACAACUUCAACAGCAAUCGAGGUCUUGCCAUGGCGAUCGAUGCAGUGAUCCGGGUCAUCAACAGCGAAGAGAGGCCGUCGGCGCCGCCGGUUUACCAGGUGGAGUCGUGGGCGAAGAAGAAGCGGUCGAAGCGCCCCCGCGCCGACUCCAGCUCACAGUCCGAUGAGGGCGGCGACCGCCGAAUGCCCACCGAGGAGGAAUACCUCGCUCUCUGCCUCAUGAUGCUCUCCCGCGGGAUCAGCGGCGGCGGAUCUGGCCUCCUUCCGGGGCCGCUGGGAGGCGCCCCUCGUCGCGGCCCUGUGGCGGAGCCUGCGGCGGCGAGGACUCAGUCGUAUGAGUGCUCUGUGUGCGGGAAGGCGUUCCCCUCUUACCAGGCACUCGGCGGCCACAAGACCAGCCACAGGAAACCUGCCGCCCCCGCAUCCGGCGGAGACGACGCGGCCUCCGCCACGACUAGCGGAUCUGGCGCAGCCGGAAGCGGCGGAAGGGUGCACGAAUGCGCCGUGUGCCACAAGUCUUUCCCUUCGGGGCAAGCGCUGGGCGGCCACAUGAGGUGCCACUACGAGGGCGUCAUAAACGGAAGCGCUGCCGCCGCCGCCGCGAAAGCGACGAAGGAGGCGUCCUCCUCCGGGGCGGCCACCAGCUCCGGAAGGAACCUAGCCUUGGAUCUCAACCUGCUGCCUCUGCCCGCAACGCGGGCCGGCUGGAUCAACGCGAAGAAGAAGGGGGAAGACGAAGAGGUGCUGAGCCCUCUGGCGGCGCCCUUUCCCGCCGCAAAGAAACCGCGCCUGCCUACCGCCCCCAUCGUCGGCGCAGCCACAAAGCAAGAAGAGGAAGAGGAGGUGAUGAGCCCUCUGGCGUUGACCAUCAAGCCGCCGAUCGGCGUCGGUUCACCGUUGCCGACCGCACUAAAAUUAGUCAGCUUCAUCUAGUCAUUUAAAAUUAAGAAAUUAAUUUUUUUCCUUUAAUUUAUGUAUUUUUUUUUCUCGUUUGUGUAUGUGACAAUGAAUCAUUUCAUUCAUUUAUAUAUAUAUAGAACUUAUUUAUUUUA